CCGGUGGCGGGGCCGCGGCUCCGGCGGUGGUGCCGGCCUCAGCUGCGGAGAGCUGAAGUGGAUUUGUUUUGUUUUGUUUUUAAUGACAGUAGUCUCAUGAACAGUCCGUGACAUCAGAGCAACUGGCAGAGUUGAGGAAAAAAAUUACCUUUUCAUGAACUUCUACAAAGAAUGCUAAUGGGCCUUGUGUGACCUUCAAUGUUUCUGUCCAUGAAACCUCCUUGAGAAGAUGGCUGACGUAAGCCUGAAGGAAGCUGCACUAAUAGUUGGUGUGGUGGCAGCCUGCUACUGGAACAGUCUCUUUUGUGGGUUUGUUUUUGAUGAUGUUUCAGCAAUAUUGGACAAUAAAGAUUUGCAUCCUUCUACUCCAUUAAGAAAUCUGUUUCAGAAUGACUUCUGGGGCACUCCAAUGUCUGAGGAGAGGAGUCAUAAAUCUUAUCGUCCCCUUACAGUUCUAACGUUUCGCUUAAACUACUUGUUCAGCGAGUUAAAUGCAGUUUCUUACCACUUUCUAAAUCUGGUCUUUCAUGUGGUGGUUUGCAUAGUCUUCCUCAAGGUCUGUAAGCUCUUCCUGGACAACAGGAGCAGUGUAGUAGCAUCCUUGCUCUUUGCAGUGCACCCAAUACAUACUGAAGCGGUAACUGGAGUUGUGGGCAGAGCAGAGCUUUUAUCAUCUAUUUUUUUCCUAGCUGCUUUUUUGUCAUACACAAAGUCUAAAGGUCCGGAUAAUACCAUAGUGUGGACACCAAUUGCAGUGACUGUAUUUCUAGUAGCUGUUGCAACACUGUGUAAAGAACAAGGAAUAACAGUGGUGGGGAUAUGCUGUGUGUAUGAAGUCUUUAUUGCUCAAGGGUACACCUUGCCAGCAUUAUUGGACACGGCUGUACAGAUUCUUCGAGGAAAGGGCAGUAUUCCUUUCUCUAUGCUCCAAACACUGUUGAAGCUCAUAGUCCUAAUGUUCAGUACACUCCUGCUUGUAGUUGUCAGAGUCCAGGUUAUCCAGUCUCAGCUUCCAGUGUUUACAAGGUUUGAUAACCCAGCUGCUGUUAGUCCAUCCCCAGCAAGACAGCUGACUUUCAACUACCUCCUCCCUGUAAAUGCUUGGCUUCUUCUCAAUCCCUCAGAAUUAUGCUGCGACUGGACAAUGGGAACUAUUCCUCUUGUGGAGUCUUUGUUAGAUGUUAGAAAUAUCGCCACCCUUACCUUCUUUUGCUUUCUGGGAUCUUUGAUGGUCUUCAGUCUCCGAUACCCUGGAGAUUCCUCCAAGACAGUAUUGAUGGCUCUCUGCUUAAUAGUGCUACCAUUCAUUCCUGCGUCAAACCUGUUUUUUCCUGUUGGAUUUGUAGUUGCAGAGCGAGUGUUAUAUGUUCCUAGCAUGGGAUUCUGCAUUUUAGUAGCACAUGGAUGGAAGAAAUUGUCAAAUAAAAGUGUACUAAGAAAAAUUUCUUGGGUUUGUUUGGCUGCGGUGCUGUUCACUCAUGCCUUAAAAACACUGCACAGAAACUGGGAUUGGGAGUCGGAGUACACUUUGUUUAUGUCUGCUUUAAAGGUGAAUAAGAACAAUGCAAAACUAUGGAACAAUGUGGGGCAUGCAUUAGAAAACGAAAAAAAUUUUGAAAGAGCUCUGCAGUUUUUCAUACAGGCCACACAAGUGCAACCAGAUGAUAUUGGUGCCCACAUGAAUGUAGGAAGAACUUACAAGAACCUAAACAAAACAAAAGAAGCUGAAGAAUCAUAUAUGAUUGCUAAAUCAUUGAUGCCACAGAUUAUUCCAGGGAAAAAGUAUGCAGCAAGAGUUGCUCCUAACCAUUUAAAUGUUUAUAUCAAUCUUGCAAACUUAAUUCGUGCAAACGAAUCUCGCCUCGAAGAAGCGGAUCAGUUGUAUCGACAAGCAAUUAGUAUGAGGCCGGAUUUCAAACAGGCUUACAUCAGCAGGGGAGAAUUACUUUUAAAAAUGAACAAACCUCUGAAAGCCAAGGAAGCUUACCUUAGAGCUCUAGAACUAGACAGAACCAAUGCAGACCUGUGGUACAACUUGGCAAUUGUUUACAUUGAACUGAAAGAUCCAACAGAAGCCCUGAAGAAUUUCAACCGAGCUCUAGAACUCAACCCAACGCAUAAACUGGCGUUAUUCAACUCAGCACUGCUAAUGCAGGAAUCUGGUGAUGCUCGACUUAGACCUGAAGCUAAGCAAAGACUGCUACAUUAUGUGAAAGAAGAACCACAGGAUUCAAAUGGAUACUUCAAUUUGGGUAUGCUGGCAAUGGAUGACAAAAAGGACAUGGAAGCAGAGGCGUGGAUGAAGAAAGCUAUAAGGUUACAACCCAACUUCCGAAGUGCUUUGUUCAAUUUGGCCCUGCUUUAUUCUCAGACAGGAAAAGAAUUGAUGGCUUUGCCUGUCUUGGAAGACCUACUGAGAUACUACCCUGAUCAUACCAAAGGUCUGAUUUUGAAAGGUGAUAUCCUUAUGAACCAAAAGAAGGAUAUUGUUGGAGCAAAAAAGUGUUUUGAAAAAAUUUUGGAACUGGAUCCCAAAAAUGUACAAGGAAAACAUAAUCUUUGUGUGGUUUAUUUUGAGGAAAAGGAUUUAAUAAAGGCAGAAAAAUGUCUGGUUGAAACACUAGCACUGGCACCUCAUGAAGAGUAUAUUCAGCGUCAUCUAAACAUAGUUAGAAGUAAAAUUGCAUCACUUGGUGCUAUGGAACAGUCAUCACUUCCAUCAGAUGGGACUGCAGCUACAGAAGCAAAAAAAAACUCACUUCAGAAUUUGAAAGAAGCAAAAAGUGAGAAGACAACCACCCAAUCAACAGUUGAUAAUAAAGAGCACUCAAAAAACAAGAAACCAACAGAGAAAAGCAGUGUGGACAAAGAGACUCCCAAAAAAUCUACAAAAGAAAUCAAAGACAUUGAGAAAAAGAGAGUUGCUGCAUUGAAAAGACUAGAAGAAAUUGAGCGUAUAUUAAAUGGUGAAUAGUCUUUACCAUGUCACAAAAGAAUAAGGGGAGCUAUUUUUAAUUAUUGUUUAAUUUGUGAGCCAAC